AUGACGACGCAAUCGUUAGACAGGAAGUUGCGUUCACCGAACAACGACACCGAUCGUUCGGCGGUUUUGUGCAACAAAUACGCGUUGGAUGUGUUGGAGAAGGAAUUGCGACACUGGCAGGAAAAGAAUAACGACCCAGGCAGUGCGAGCGAAUCGCGAGUGAAAGCAGAGGAGAACCGAGAAAACGGGGAGAAACAAGGGGAAGCACCAUUAGUGACGAGGUCGUUGCCCAGAAGAUGCUUAUCCAUGGAAGGUGCGACCAGCAACUACAGAACGAACCUGGCACCGCCUUUACGACCGUCGUCCAUUUACUUGGAACUAGAGAACUCCAGGAGGUCCCAGGUUUCAAAAACCAGGCGUUAUAGAACCAAUUACCCCAUUGCUCGAUCCUAUAGAAGAGACACGUUGGAUCUGACGUCUUCGACCGGGUUCCCUCUACACAGACAAACGUACGUGGAUGAUUUUGACUCGGAUUAUGAGUAUUACGUCAACGACGAUCAAGAGAGACAACCGAUAAAACCGGUCCCGAUCUGGCUUUGUGUCUUCCUGGUGGUUAGCUACAUUUUCGGUGGAGCCUUCUUGUUCAGUGCAUGGGAACACUGGCCGUUUCUCGAUUCUGCGUACUUCUGCUUCAUCACUCUCACUACUAUU